CGUGACUUUCUCUCUACACAAUCCAGAACCCACCAGGCAAGGAUGCUUGUCGUCCUGCUGCCAUAGUAGCACUCGAGUCUAUCCUGUUUUGCUGCCUCAGCAUUCGUUUUCUUCUGCUGCUGCGGACCGGCAAUUCUCUUCUCCAGUGCCAUGCUACUGCCACUUCACUUCUACCACGCCUCCUACCACUCACAGCCUUGACGGGCAUGUUACUACAGUCGUCUCUUACUUUUCUUUACUCGUGACAUGUCGGUGUUUGUUGCUCAAACAAAACCAUCCAACAUGCUACUCGUCCUAUGUCUUCUCCUCGACUAGAACACCACUUCACCACCUGCUAGCCGACUUCACCAGUCUUCGUUCCUUUGUUCUGGGUCAGCCAUGACUCUCCUCGACUUCUUCCGCAGCAUCCUGCGCCACCUGGCCGCGAUGCUCAUCUUCCCUUCCACACUCAAAACCAUGGCUGUGUCGCCCAAGUCCUCCAACACCCAAGUCACGGUCAUUGAAACGAUAGCGGAUCCUCCCUCACUAGAUUCUCUCAAGGAUGAGAUCAUGCGCCUGUUCCGACAACCCUGUACGAUACGUCGAAUGCUGUCCAUGUCGUCCGCUCUCCGAAUACAGUACAAGGCCAAGUUACAAGACAGUGAAGCCUGCAUGCUUCCCUCCUUCUGCCAUACCCUGCCAACGGGACAAGAAACAGGCACAUUUAUAUCCCUUGAUGUGGGUGGGUCGACCUUCAGAAUAGCCAUGGUUGAGUUGCGUGGCAGAGGCGGGCAAGAGUCGCCCAUGACCAUCAAGCACAUGAGCACAUUCAAGAUCGACGAGCGCAUUCGAAGAUUACCCUCUAUACAAUUCUUCGAUUGGAUGGCUGGCAGAAUACAAGAGAUGAUGAAGGCACACCCCGAAGAUUGCUCGUCCGUGGAACCUGUGUCAUUGGGGCUGGCCUGGAGUUUUCCCAUUGAGCAGACGAGUCAUCGAAGCGGCAAGAUGCAGGGAAUGGGCAAAGGUUUUGCUUGCCAUGAAGACACUAUCGGCAUGGACCUGGGAGCCUUGAUUGAGGCUGCAUGUUCAAGAAGGCAGAUGAACGUUCGUCUGAACGCCAUCGUCAAUGACUCUUCGGCAACCCUACUCUCGCAAGCCUAUCUUGAGCCUGCCACCUCCAUGGGCUUGAUCCUCGGGACUGGCACCAAUGCUGCUGCAUACCUGCCCACCGCCUCUAUGGGGAAGUCAAAAUUUGGAGUUCGGGAUCUGUCAUGGUUUCAAACGGCAGAUAGGGUCAUCACAAACACAGAAAUUUCCAUGUUUGGCAAAUCAAUCCUACCCGAAACUCGGUGGGACGAAACAUUGAAUAGAGAACACCAACGGCCCGACUUCCAGCCAUUGGAGUAUAUGACUACUGGCCGUUACCUUGGAGAACUACUGAGGCUGAUCAUCAUUGAGGCCGUCGAAACAGCCGACUUGUUCAGUGGAGUUCUGCCUCGAUGUCUGGCUGGGUCUUAUUCGCUGGAUACGGAAAUAUUGGCGAAGCUCGAGCAAAACAGCUCCAAGGACAUGAGGGACUCCGCCUCCAUGCUCCAGACGGCGUUUGAAUUGGCGACUCCUCCUACCUUCGAGGAGGUUGCAUUCCUGCGAGCUGCAGCAGAGGCAAUUUCCUAUCGUGCAUCUGCCUAUAUUUCCGUCGCUGUGCAUGCGUUGUGGGCGUUGCAAAAGGAUGCAGAUAUCAAUCCCAGGUCAGUAACGGGAAAUCCUAAGACCUCCAUUGCAUGUAACGGAAGCGUCAUCCUCAAAUAUCCCGGCUUCAGAACCAGAUGCGAAGGACUGUUGCGACAGAUGAUAGCUGAGGAAGGUCGAGGAGCAGCGAACGAUGACAUUGUGCUCCAAUCAACCGAAGAAGCAGCAGUCUUUGGGGCAGCCGUGGCCGUGGCACUAGCGGAUGUCCCUUGAAGUUGGGAAUAGAAACUAGAGACACAUCUCACAACUUUGCGGGCGUUCGCAAGGUCGACUACGGCAAGGUGCCCAAGCCAAGCGGCAGAGCGUUUCUGGCGCGAAUAUCGAGGAUCCGCCGCAUCUUUGGGGCUGACACUGUUCAGCUUCUGCAUAAGGUCCGAGACCGACAGAUGAGCCUUGUUGCUCCAUGUCUGGACCUUCGGCAUGGCAUAGCCUGGGCUGACGGACCUUACUUGGGCUUAUGCCGUGCAACUUAAAAAAGGGGCAGAGCGUGGGUACGAGGCCGGCAGUUGUAGCUACCUAUAUACGAUGGCUCUUGGGCCUUGUGGAGCUUGUCUAUACCUACUAUAGGACUGGCCACCAACCUCAUGGCCUUGGGCAUGCUGAAGUAUACUAGGGUCUACGCCUUUGGGCAUCAAGUCCGAGACCCCUGGGAAUAGAGCCGCGACAUGAGCGGCAUAAACGGGGUGUGAGACGUGGACAUAGUGCUUGGUAAGACAUAUACCGUGGGCACGUACAUAAAAUACUAUGAGUGUACUCAUAGAUCUUACCUCGCAACUGUUCUUUCAAGUGGACUCACCCUUCUCUGAAGCUUUGUUA